GAAUAAAUGAACGGAGCAGUGAGUGAACGAGCAAAUGACUAGACGGACAAAUAAAUGAAGAGAGGAAUGACUAAAAGAACGAACGGACGAGAUGGCGGCCGUCCUCAAUGGCAUCACGCGGCUCUUCCUGCCCGUCAUGGGCGCCCUGUCGGGGGACGGGGCCUGCUCAGGCCUGGCCCCCUGGUACUUCCUGGUCGGCCUUCGUCUUGUCACCCUCUUCUUCGCCCAUGGGCCCUGGGACAGCGUCCAGACUGACCUGGUGUGUAAUUGGACGACGGAGCCGACCGGGACCCAGGUCUUCUGCACUGCCCUGUGCUACAGCCAGCGCUUCCCUGUGCCCCUCACCAGCAUCUGGGCCUUGGCCUUCAUUGCCUCCCUCUUCACCAUCGGCUUCAUGCAGCUGGUGAAGACCUGGGGCAUCCCGCCCCAGGACAAGGAAGAGGGCAAUGCCACCAAUACGGCCGCCACAGCCACCACAGCAGCUGCUGAGCCCUUGCUGAGGCGCCGGUCCAAGAUGACCACCAGCGGAGUGGGGGUGAUGGACAAUGGGACAUGGGUGUAUAAGGGGAAUGAUGCCCAAUAUGAGCUAUUGGGGGGAUCCAAGAUGGCCGCUGGCACCCAUGGAGCCAAAGAGAGGGAGGUGGAGCAUGAACUGAAGGGCAUGGGCAAGAUGGCAGACAGGGUGGUGGAGACCAAGAUGACCAACCGUGUGGCGUUGGAGAUGGAUGACAUGGCCGCCACACCUGAUGCCAAGAUGGCCGUCUGGCCUUCUGGGGAGGCCAACGCUCUGCUUCUUGAACAAGCCGAGAGCUCCUUGGCCAAUGAUGACCCGCUCCUUCCUCCAGCCAACAUGGCUGCUGGCCUCAAUGGCCCCAAAAUGGCCACAAAGGCCCCUUGGGGCACCUCUGAGCUUGCCGCCAGUUCCCACCGGGCUCUUCACAAUAUGGCCACCGGGUCCUCUGUCUCACUCAGCAUGGCUGCCAGUACUUCCUGGCAGGCACCCAACAUGACCGCCAAUCCCCACAGGGUCGUACCCAACAUGGCCACCAAUGCACCUGUUGCCACGCCCAACAUGGCCAUCAACCCUCUCAGGGGCCUACCCAACAUGGCCGCCAACCCCUCCACUGCCAUGCUGUACAGGGCCAAUGGCCCUUCCAACAUGGCUCCCCACCACAAUAUGGCCACCCACCCAUACUUGGCAGGCCAUGCCCCACACAUCAUGGUUGCCGGUGCCCACCGGGCCCUGCCUGCCGUGGACACCAGCCCCAGCCGAGCCUUCCUCCACAUGGCUGCUGGCCACCCGCUUGUCUACCACAACAUGGCUGCUCACCACCCCCCAGCCGCCCUCAACAUAGCUGCCCCCGCGCCUGCUCCAUGUCAGCCUGACAACAUGGCCACCGCCCUGACCCCGCCUCCAGGUGCCGGGCCAACGCUGGGCUCGGGCCUGGUGGGGAUGCAGCGCUGGCGGCCGGUUGCCUUCGGACUCAUUGUGGGCUUGGUCCUGGGGGCUGAGGUGGCCUUCGUGUGGGCCCUGGUGGCCCUCCAGUUGCCCCCCCUGGGGGGGCCAGGGCUGUUCACCUGCUACCCCGGUGCCCCCAACUGCCCCCCAGUGCUGGCCUGUGCCCUCGCUGGCCGUCCCGACAAGCUCUUAGCGCUGAGCACCCUCGUGGUCACCGCCUGUGUCAACAUGUCUGCCUGCCUUACCUACGGCCUGCUCCGCGUGCCUGCCCCCUGCUGCCGGGACAGGGGGGCAGAUGAGGGGGGCACCAGGGGGCAGCCGGGGGGCACCGAGGCCAGAGAGGAUGCGGAAGGGGGCUGCAGGGCAGUUUUGGUGGGCAGUGGGGGGCAGAUGGGCUACUGUGAGGAGCAUUUGGGAGGAUGUGAGGGACAUUUAGGAGGUCACGGGGCAGUUUUGGAUGGGGGCAGGGGGCAGAUAGGAUGUGAGGACUACAUAGGGGGCCAUGGGAAUGUUUUUGGGGCUGGUGCGGGGCAUAUAUGCAACUGUGAGGGGCAUUUGGUAGGGUGUAAGGAGUAUUUAGGGUGCCAUGGGGCAGUUCUGGGUUGUGGUGGGGGACAGAAAGGAAGCUGUCAGGGGCAUUUGGGAGGCUGCAAGGGGUAUUUAGGAGGCCACAGGGCAGUUCUGGGGGGCAGCAGGGGGCAGAUAGGGUGUGAUGGGUACAUAGGAGGUCAUGGGGAUGCUUUGGGUGCUAGUAGUGGGCAGACAGGAGGGUGUGAGGGGUACAUAGGAGGCCACAGGGCAGUUCUGGGGUGCAGCGGGGAGCAGAUAGGAGGAUGUAAGGGGCAUUUGGGAGGGUACGUGGCGGCCAUCUUGGAUUCACGCUGCCACGGCCCAGGAUGCUCUUCCCUGCUGCGGAUGCAGCGGCCAUCCUGGAUUCACAUCGCUCCGACCCAGGCUGCCGUCCUCCCUUCCCUGCGUGCAGCGGCCAUCUUGGAUCCACUAGAGAUGUCGGUGGUGGUGGAGUCGGUGGUGGAGUUUCUCCACCCAGUGCUGCACGUCUUGCAGGGCACCCGGGGGCCACCCAGCGUCCGGCACUGGUACCUCCUGCUGGGCCUGCGCCUCAUGGCCAUGUUCUUUGCCCGCGGGGCCUGGCGCACCCUGCGCCAUGACCUGGCCUGCGCCUGGACUGCCGCGGUGCCCAAUGAGCAGGAGGAGCAGGCUGAGGCCCUGCGCCGCUUCUGCAAGGUCGUCUGCUACAACCGGCACUUCCACAAUGCCAUCACCCCCACCUGGGGCCUUUCCUUCCUCCUCGCCCUCAUCCCCAUCACCAUCAUCCGUUCCCUGUACCCCACAGACGGCGAGGAGCGGGACAGGGAGGGGAGGCAUCACCGGAGAGAGGUAUCCAAUAUGGCCGCCAGCCAUAGCUGCAGGGAGGGAUCUAAUAUGGCUGCCGAGCGGCACCUGGGAGAACAUUCCAAUAUGGCCGACAGGAGCUGUGGCCAUGAGGAUUGCAAUAUGGCUGCCAGGCACGGCUGCAGCCAGGGAUCCAAUAUGGCUGCCGGGAGCUGCUGCAUUGAGGGAUCCAAAAUGGCUGCCGGGCAGUGCCUAAAAGAGGUCUCCAAUAUGGCCUGGAAUGAGGGAUACAAUACGGCUGCCAGCGGCUGCUGCAGUACAGGCUCCAAGAUGGCCACGGAGGGGGCCCCCAGUGAUGUUCCCAACGUGGCCAGGAUGCACUUCCUUCAGGACCCCAACAUGGCUGCCCGGCGCCGCCUUCCUGACAAAUCCAACAUGGUCGCCAAGUGUUGCCUGGGGAACAGCUGCGGUACAGCCGCCAACAUGGCCACUGGCGAGGAUGGCAAUGUGAUGUACGUGUGGCUGUCGGAGGAGGAAUCCAAGAUGGCCACCAGGCAUUGGUGGGGGAAAGGAACCAACAUGGCCACCAUGCCGGUGGAGGACACCAACAUGGCAACUACCAUGGUACCCACAGCCAAGAUGGCUGCCCCGGCAACUGCCCAUGCCCACCACAAGACCCGGCUGCCAUCUUGGUUGGCUGCCAUCUUGGCAGCCUGCACUGGGGCCCUGGUGGCCAGCGAGACCUGGUUACUAUGGGACCUGAUUGCCCAACAACUGCCAACGGUGGCUGGCCCCGCCUUCUGGUGCCACCCCCAGUUCCAGGCCUGCCCCGCGGCCCUUCCCUGUGCUUUGAUGGGCUACGCCGACAAGCGCCUGGCCAUCGGCAUCUUGGCGCUCUCGGCCUGUGUCAACAUCCUCGUCGCCGCUGGUUACGGCAUCCAUUGGCUGGGCCAGGCCUGCUGCUGUGGGCGACAGGUGGCUCGGAGGGGUGGGGCUAGGGUGCAGGAGGUGGAGCUGAGGGAGAAGAGGCGGGAAAGUGAAGGGGGCAGAGCCGUGUCCUGCUAG